AUUCCUUUCUCAUGAGCUUGUUUUAUUCUCGUUGGUACACAUUCAUCGUUCUGCAUUUCCGUUUCCUUUUGGUUUGCCUUCCGAAAACGGGGAAGUUAAGUCCAGUUUCUCUCUCCCUUUUCAGGACGGACUCCCCUGCACGAAGCUUCCUCCAGCGGGCAGGAAGGAGUGGCUGAAAUCCUGACCGCCAAUGGGGCGGACCUGAACGCCAAGACCGACGACGGAAGCACUCCUUUGUACCUGGCGUCUCUCAAUGGCCACGUCGCCGUCGUUGAAACCCUGGCCCGCAAGGGGGGGACCUCGACGAGAAGAAGAGUGAAGGAUUCGCUCCCCUGCACAGAGCCGCUCAGUAUGGACACGUGGAAGUCAUCAAGCUCCUGGCCACCAAGGGAGCGGACCUGAACGUAAAGAACAUAUGGGGUGUCACACCAGCACAUUCCGCUGCCUACUUUGGCCAAAUGACGGCACUGGAAGUCCUAGAGCGAAAGGGCGCUCGCUUGGAAGAGACCACCACAGACGGCGGCGACACACCUCUCCACUUGGCAGCCUCUGAAGGCCAUCUCCACGUCGUGUUUUUGCUCCUUUCCCUGAAGGUUUCCCCGGAGCCGAAGAACAGGCGAGGGGAGACGCCCCAGGAUGUGCUGAAGAGACACUCCCCGACACCGAACUGCAACAUGGAAAUAUUCAGAGACAUCUCCAAGACGCAGAUAAUG